UAGACCUGAUGAUAAACUCUGGUUAGAAAACACAGGUUCUACUUGCUAUUCAUUUUCAUUAAGUGAUUACACAUCAAGAACCACCUAUUGUACUGACAAGCAUUACUACAUUUGCGAACAAGCUGGACCGCACGAUAUGCAGUUAUCACAAACUAACUUCAUUGUAACUUCACAUACUGGCAAAAAAGAAAUAACGUGCAUGGUAUCUGGAUUUCCACCACCGACUUUUAAGUGGAUGAAACAAAAAACUACACUUCAUUCAACAUCAAUAAAUAACCAAGCUACAGUUGGACAAAAAUUUGUUUUGGAUCUGAAACAAUUGACAAUUGCAGACGAAGGACAAUACAAAUGUUUCGCAUCAAAUACAGUUGGACAAAUUCCUCAUUCGGCUUCAGGUAUCCUUAAUAUACAAGUUCCAAGUCAACCAUCAAUCACCAACAUAACUUCGUCACCUUGCAAUUCCAAUUUAUUGAUCACUUGGAAACCACAUGUUCGUGGACUUGGAAUUAAACACAGGUAUCUAACUAAAUAUGACUGA